AUGAGCUUUCAACUUGCGACAUCCUAUACACGGCCGUUACUCCGCCCACUCGUUAUACCUCCUACUCAUUCUGAACAAGUGUCGACAACUUUGCGUGUAGGCACACCAUCGCAGCCAUGGCGAUCCUCGACACACAUUUUCAACGGAACCGAUGACCGUAGCGAGUCUGCUGCGUGGCCGCCAUCAAAGUUUGGAGAUGAUGCUGCAGGCAUCCCCAGCGAUGAAGCAUACAACAUCCCAUACGAUGCGGCAAACAGCCAAGCUGGAAAUGCAGAAGCAUUCGAGCUGUUCGCCGACCAGAAAAAGAAUCUGAAGGCCUCAAAGGUACCGCCACCUAGACUGGUUGCCAAGCGCUACAUUCCGACAGACAAGGCAAACGGCUGUGGGCAGGGUGUAGCGCUACUCACCUUGACAGGCAUGGGAGUACCCAAGGAGGCAAGUUGCACGGUUCUCAAUGUUGCUUCAGCGGCAGUUCCCCAACUACGAAAAUCCGGUGUCAAAGUAGAAGAGAUCUGGGCCGUGGAUAUGCCUCUAAGUGGUGAGACAGCCAAAGCCAACCCGAUCGGCUACUUUUAUGCCAACGAGAAAGAUAUUGCUCGAGAUCUUCUCCUUUUCAUCACGGCCUAUCUCCCAAAAUGCCCCGGCGGGGACCUCCCAAAGCAUCUACAACCUCGCAGGCCGACAUCCCAGCCCCGUCAACCCACGCGGCCAAACCUCCACGUCGUCGCACACAGCCUUGGUGCUCAAGCUGCCAUGCUUGCAUGUGUCCAUGCCCCAACCGUAUUCGAAAGCCUCACAGUAAUUGACCCUGCUAUGAUUCCUGCUGGCAGGAUCAACGACGCCAUGGCCAAACUUCCCAAAGAAGUUCUCUGCCUUGGCCUGCCCGAGCGGUUUUCCGACCGCUUAUCGGUGGAAAGCGAGCUCCGCAAAAACAAGCGAACCCGGGGUUGGGACGAGCGGGCAGUGCAAAUGUUUGUGCAACAUGGCGUCGUGCCGGACGAGAGCGGCAUAGGAUUCCGGCUGGCAGCUCAUCCACGCCUCGAGUGGGCUCUGUACUACGACAAACAGACACUUGCGGAAUGCUACCAUCGAUUGACAGACAUCAAAGUUCCCUUUCAAGCGAUUAUGCCCGCCAGACCUUUCGCGGUGCCGCCCAAGAUGUUUGAGGCGGAUGUGCGGAAGUUGAAGCAAAUGACCGAGGUUAGGUGGGUGGAGGGGACGACACAUCAAAUUGUGUACGAGAAGAUGGGUGCAUCUGGCGAGGAAAAGGCUAGACUGUGA